CAGCUCUUCCGCUUCACUCGGUAGGAGUGUCGUCGGGGUUGGCUAGGUGUCUGUUAGUCUGGGUCUCUAAGACCUGCCUUUAAUCUCUCUUCACACAACAAUAUCAGCUAACUAGUCGGCUACCAACAUGAGUAUGACGACGAUGAAGCGCACGACAGCGAUAGGGCUGCUGUGUAACGGGGCUCAACACGGAGUGAAGGACAGCUUCGUCCUCGGGGUGCGUCCCACAAUGGCGGCGGAGGACGAGCUGGACGGAUGCGCGGAGGACACGGAUGGGUGGCCCCUCAAACCCGCCAGGCACGGUAGAGGCUUGACACUCGACACCCGGUUCCCUCAGUCUUCAAACGCAGACGGCUCUCUGCCCACUUCCCCCGACUCCCAGGAGACUCUCCCGGACUUCAGGUCUGAUCUGGACGCGGAGACUCGGGAGCUUCUCGGAUACUUUUAUCGGACUUACACAGGACUUCCGCACAGGAGGACUAAACUCAGCGCUCUGCCCACGCUUACGAGGGUCGUGGGCGAUGUGAUCUGUAAGCACCGGAUUGCAUAUAAUGGUAUGGUACAGAAGCUGCAGAUGGAGGAGCAGAGUGACGACCUGGAGGUUGUGAGCACUGUGGCCAAGAGCAUGUUCAGUGACGGCAUGACUAACUGGGGCCGUGUGGCCAGCCUGGUGGCAUUUGGUGCGGUGCUGUGUGAGAGCCUGAAGGAGAGUGGGAGAGAUCACUGUGUCGACACCGUAGCCCAUCGCAUCUCAUCCUACCUCACCACCUACCAGCAUGAAUGGCUCCUCAACAACAAGUCCUGGGAUGGCUUUAAAGAAUUUUUCCAAGUGGAGGAUCCAGAGUCUGUGGUUCGGAAUGCUUUGAUGGCAGUGGCAGGAUUUGCUGGUCUUGGGGCAGGGCUAGCUCUCCUGAUGAGGUGAAGAUGGGGUGGGGCUAGCUCUCCUGAUAUGAAGAUGGGGUGCUGUACCUGAUGACUCAACAUGGCUACCAUCACACGCCUAUGCACCCUAACCACACUGGGCUUAUUGUGAAGCUCUGUGUACAGUGAUAGGCCUGUAGCACAGUUGACUGGACAGAGUUUGUCCCAAUCCCAGGAGACACUUGGUCUUGUUUUGGCCUCUUUUUUUUUUUCUUUUUUUUAAACAGCAUCACUGUCAUGAUGCUCAUGUGGCUAUAUGCAUGUAGGACCAGAACAUGGUCUUCAGUGAGUGUCAUGAGGAUGCCACUGAUGUAGCUCGUUGGGUAAUUGAUGACUGGUGUUUGAGACAGAUGUCCAUCCAUCUACAGAGUUGUUCAGCAGCAAAGCCACAUGCUGUGCUCCACUGAAUCUCUACAGUCUCCAGUUUUAAAAGUUAUAUUUUUUUAAAUAAAUCUUUCUUCACCGAAUGUUGGGAGUGA